GUGCAAUUAAUGAAUUAAUGAAUUAAUUAACCGAUCAGCCGCGGUGGCCGCUGCUGCGUUGGCACCGGGCUGGGCGGGGUGGCUGUGCCCCAUAAGUGCCCGCUGUGGGGUGACCCCGCUGUCCGGGGGUGCCCCUUGGGCUGCGAUUUGCGCCGCUCUUCUGGACUGUGCCACCCCCGUCCCGUCCCCGAGCCAUGUCCUUUAGCGACAGCAGCGACGAGAGACCCGUGUCCAUCCUUUGGGGGUGCGAGCUGAGCAGCGCCAGGAGCUCCUACACCUUCCAGGUGCCCGAGGAUUGGAACUGCGAGCAGCAGCUCGUCCUGCGCACUAUCUGCCUGGGGGAGACGGCCCGGGAUGAAUUCCACGUGGUGGAGGUGGUGACCGAGGACGGUGACAAUCGCACCCCGGUGCCCCUGGCCACGCUGAAGCCAUCGGUGCUGCCCAUGGCCACGCUGGCCGGAGUGGAGCUGAACCCCCCCGUGACCUUCCGCCUACGAACGGGCUCCGGGCCCGUCUAUGUCAGUGGCCAGCACGUGUCCAUGAUGAUGCUGAGCUCGGAUGAGGAAGAGGAAGAGGAAGAGGAAGCAAUGGAGGAGGUCCCCAAGAACCCCCCCAAGGGUUCACGUGCCCAGAAGGGCAGCACCGCCAAGAAAAGGAAGCUGGAAAAAGAGGAUGAGCUCAGGAGCAGCCUCGCCCCCGAGGCUCCCCUUCCCAGCAAGGGCCGCGGAGCCGGCCGGGGCAAGAAAACAGCACCAAAAAAAUGA